GCGGAGGAGAGGGAGGCGGGAGCCGGGCCGCGGGAGGAGGGGAGGCGCCGGGGGCGCGCGCGCGCGCGCUGGGCGCUGCUGGGCUGCGGCGGCGGCGGCGGCGGCGGCGGUUACUAUGGCGGAGUCGGCCGGAGCCUCCUCCUUCUUCCCCCUUGUUGUGCUCCUGCUUGCCGGCAGCGGCGGGUCCGGGCCCCGGGGGAUCCAGGCUCUGCUGUGUGCGUGCACCAGCUGCCUACAGGCCAACUACACGUGUGAGACGGAUGGGGCCUGCAUGGUUUCCAUUUUCAACCUGGACAGGAUGGAGCACCAUGUGCGCACCUGCAUCCCCAAAGUGGAGCUGGUCCCCGCUGGGAAGCCCUUCUACUGCCUGAGCUCCGAGGAUCUGCGCAACACGCACUGCUGCUACACUGACUUCUGCAACAAGAUAGACCUGAGGGUGCCCAGCGGUCACCUCAAGGAGCCCGAGCACCCCUCCAUGUGGGGCCCCGUGGAGCUGGUGGGCAUUAUCGCCGGCCCGGUGUUCCUCCUGUUUCUCAUCAUCAUCACUGUUUUCCUUGUCAUUAACUAUCAUCAGCGCGCCUAUCACAACCGCCAGAGGCUGGACGUGGAGGACCCCUCGUGUGAGAUGUGUCUCUCCAAGGACAGGACGCUCCAGGACCUCGUCUACGACCUCUCCACGUCGGGGUCCGGCUCAGGGUUACCCCUUUUUGUCCAGCGCACAGUGGCCCGAACCAUCGUUUUACAGGAGAUUAUUGGCAAGGGCCGGUUUGGAGAAGUGUGGCGCGGCCGCUGGAGGGGUGGUGACGUGGCUGUGAAAAUAUUCUCUUCUCGUGAAGAACGGUCUUGGUUCCGGGAAGCAGAGAUAUACCAGACAGUCAUGCUGCGCCAUGAAAACAUCCUCGGGUUUAUUGCUGCUGACAAUAAAGCAGGCUGCUCAUUCCUCACAUUGCUGUGGGGGUUUGUAGUGGCCUCAGCUGCCCCCAGGCUGACGAGUCUUGACCUCUCACACAAGGGAGGAAGGGGAAGAGAGAAUUCCUUACUCCUUCUGAAUAACGGCACCUGGACGCAGCUGUGGCUCGUCUCAGACUAUCAUGAGCACGGCUCUCUGUUUGACUAUCUGAACCGGUACACGGUGACCAUCGAGGGGAUGAUUAAGCUGGCCUUGUCUGCCGCGAGCGGGCUGGCACACCUGCACAUGGAGAUCGUGGGCACCCAAGGGAAGCCUGGAAUUGCUCAUCGAGACUUAAAGUCAAAGAACAUCCUGGUGAAGAAAAAUGGCAUGUGCGCCAUCGCAGACCUGGGCCUGGCUGUCCGUCACGAUGCGGUCACGGACACCAUUGACAUUGCCCCUAACCAGAGAGUGGGAACCAAACGAUACAUGGCACCUGAAGUACUUGAUGAAACCAUCAAUAUGAAGCACUUCGACUCCUUUAAGUGCGCUGAUAUCUAUGCCCUUGGGCUCGUGUACUGGGAGAUUGCACGAAGAUGCAACUCUGGAGGAGUCCAUGAAGAAUAUCAGCUGCCGUAUUAUGACCUGGUCCCCUCUGACCCUUCCAUUGAGGAGAUGAGGAAGGUCGUAUGCGACCAGAAGCUCCGCCCCAACAUCCCCAACUGGUGGCAGAGUUAUGAGGCGCUGCGGGUGAUGGGGAAGAUGAUGCGGGAGUGCUGGUACGCCAACGGCGCGGCCCGCCUGACCGCGCUGCGCAUCAAGAAGACGCUGUCCCAGCUCAGCGUGCAGGAGGACGUGAAGAUCUAGCUGCCCCUCCCACACGCCGCUGGGCAGCGGGACCUACAGCCGAGCUGCCGUGCUGAGCGUCCGAUGGAGGCCUACCUCUCGUUUCUGCCCAGCCCUCUGUGGCCAGGAGCCUGGCCCGCAAGAGGGACAGAGCCCGGGAGACCCGCUCACUCCCACGUUG